AUUGCACCGUUUUAAUUAUGAUUUCUUUUUUUUUUCAGGUAAAUAGAUUAAAUAGCUUAUCAAAAGGUGCUCAAGAAACAUGAGUGUUCGUUCAAAAGGAAAAGUGUCUUCGAUAUUUCGGCGAAUAUUCGGCUCAUCAAAUAAAGAAGGUGAAGAUCCAAGUAAAGCUGGCACGUCGUCUAAUGGUUCUCCUGCAAGACGUCUUCUUCGGGGAUGCCGGGAUACCGUAUCACCUGCAGCUAAUCCGCCAGGAAGUCCUGGCUUCGCAAACACCAAACCAGGAAACAAAAAAUGUCAGGAGACAUCUACCCCAUCUAACAAAACGGUCCGCACUAGACGCCUCAUGAAAGAGUUUCGCGAUCUUCAGCGCCUGCAAAAUUCGCGAUUAGAUCCCGUAUUCACGGUAGAAUUAGUAGACGAUAACUUAUUCGAAUGGCAAGUAAAGCUUCAUAAAAUAGACUUGGAAAGUCCUCUAGGAAACGACAUGACCGAAUUGGGAGUCAGUUUUAUUUUACUCAAUUUAGUAUUUCCAGAGAAUUUUCCUUUUGCACCUCCUUUCAUGCGAGUCAUUUCUCCCCGUAUAGAAAAAGGGUUUGUUAUGGAAGGUGGUGCCAUUUGUAUGGAACUACUGACACCUCGAGGAUGGGCCAGUGCAUAUACUGUUGAGGCGGUUAUAAUGCAGUUUGCAGCGAGUGUGGUUAAAGGACAGGGUCGUAUUCAGCGGAAAACCAAAGGACAAAAGAUAUUUAAUAAACGAGCUGCCGAAGAAAGCUUUAGAUCUCUUGUUAAAACGCACGAGAAAUACGGGUGGGUUACGCCAUCGCUGGCUGAUGGUUAAUGUUUUAACGUUUACGUUUUGAUAAUUGCAUCUUUGUAAACCUAAAAAGUGAAUCAUUGCCGAUGUAUUUAUUUCAACUUUGCAGAAUAAGAAGCGAUGACUUUUGUGAUACCUCAGCAAAGUUUUGCAUUCCAUAAGAAUAAAAAACAGACAAACUAAAGACGACUGACGAUUUAUGUAGUUCAUAUAGGUAAAUAUUUUUGUAAUUUAUUUGAUAUGACAAAAGCUACAUUGUUUGCUUGUAACAACACAUAGCCGUGUCUUUUUAUUGAAAAUGUUCGACAAUAUACAUUCAUAUUUGCCAAGACUAAUUUGUGAAAUUGAGAAUGAUGUUAUUGUUUGCAAUUAUUAGAUAUGGAUGUGUCCUGUGUAUUAAAAUCUUUUAUAGUAUAUUCUUCAAGUUUAUAAACAUCUUUAUUGAUAAUGUUCUUCAAAGUAAAGUAAUCUUCAUUCUAAAACAC